CUUUUCUUUGCUGGAGAGCGGGACAGGCCCCCAGAGGGGGAAAUACAGGGCGAGGGACCGCCAGGCAGUCGAGGGCUCCGGCAGACAGCACACAGCACCAAAGCAGCCGAGCGGGUGGUCGGAGGAGUUGACCAAGUCCAGCACAAUGGGUUUGCUCGAGUGCUGUGCCAGAUGUCUCAUUGGGGCACCCUUUGCUUCACUGGUUGCCACUGGCUUGUGCUUCUUUGGGGUAGCACUGUUUUGUGGCUGUGGGCACGAAGCCCUCACAGGCACCGAGCAGCUCAUUGAGACCUACUUCUCCAAAAACUACCAGGACUACGAGUAUCUCAUCGACGUCAUCCACGCUUUUCAGUAUGUCAUCUAUGGCACGGCCUCCUUCUUCUUCCUCUACGGAGCACUGCUGCUGGCCGAAGGCUUCUACACCACCGGUGCCGUCCGGCAAAUCUUCGGGGACUACAAGACCACCAUCUGCGGCAAGGGCCUCAGCGCAACGGUAACUGGGGGCCCGAAAGGGAGGGGAGCGCGAGGCCCCCAGCGAGCUCACUCAUUGCAGCGGGUGUGUCAGUGUUUGGGAAAGUGGCUAGGACAUCCUGACAAGUUUGUGGGCAUUACCUACGUCCUGACCAUCAUCUGGCUCCUGGUCUUUGCCUGCUCCGCGGUGCCCGUCUACAUCUACUUUAACACUUGGACCACCUGCCAGUCCAUUGCCAACCCCAGCAAGACCUCGGCCAGCAUUGGCACCCUGUGUGCAGAUGCCAGGAUGUAUGGUGUCCUGCCCUGGAACGCUUUCCCCGGCAAGGUGUGUGGCUCCAACCUGCUCUCCAUCUGCAAGACCAGCGAGUUCCAGAUGACUUUCCACCUCUUCAUCGCAGCCUUCGUGGGGGCAGCCGCCACACUGGUCUCACUGCUCACCUUCAUGAUUGCUGCCACCUACAACUUUGCCGUCCUCAAGCUGAUGGGCCGAGGCACCAAGUUCUAGCCUGCGCGGUGGAGUCCAGCCAGACCAAAUGCCCUUCUUUUCUCUAACCCCGAGGCUUUAACACUGCAGCCACCCGACACCAGGUCUCCUGCGUUAACUCUGCCUUCGCUGCUGACUCCCCUCCUCUUCCUUCCUCGCAUCCAUCGUGCUGAGCGUGACCAGGAAGGAGAGCUUCCCACCAAUGGACACCUCUUCAUGCACUUUUCUCUCUCUGCUCAUCCGCAACUGGUUCGCUCUAGGGCCAAGCCCAUCAAAACCAGCCAGAGAAGAGGAGGGACUUACUCCAGUGUCCUGAUGUUGCCUAGGGACGAGCAAAGUCCUUCAUGCUCCUGGGAGGAGGAAAUCCAUGUAGGUUGCUCCAUUAGUAGCAAGAGGCUACCUAGAGAGAAAAGGAAGUUGGCCCAGUCGCGGUACCAUUGCUAGAGACUCUCCUGGAGCUGUCUGCUGUCACCACCCAUGGAUGGAGAAUAAGAGAAGGAUUAUUUUUUUUUCCCUUAGCAAAGAAAGGUGAAUUUACCCCAAAUUGCCUGCUGCAGCCAAGGCAAAGGGAGUUUAGGGCAAGGAUCUUCCCAUUGCGGAGAAGAGAGCCCUGCCCCCAAUGCUGAUAAAGCCCUAAAACAGCUGCCCUUAUUAAAGUGUAAAGGAGUUUGGUGUCUCUGUAGACAAGGGGGACUCCUGGCUUUACACUCCAGGCAGCAGAGAGGCAGCAGAUAGGUUUGAUCGAGAGGGGACAUCUCUGCGCUGUGCCCCAGGAGCGUAAAGCCAGAGCUGUCCCUCCAUAGGCAGGGGAUGACCCUUUGGACUGUGCACCUUUGCCCACCCUGCCCUGCAAGUGCCACGCUCACCGCACGCUCUCAUCCCUUCACAAUGGUGCUCUUCUCUGGGGUGACGUCUGCUUCUCUAACCUCCGCUGCGUCAGAGAGCUUGAUUUGUUUCUCACCUGUGUCAAACACAACUUUCCCUCAUUCUGUCCCCCUCUUCCCCUCACUUUUUUUCCCGUGCUUCCUGCAAGUCAGGACAACUGUCUUGUGUCUGCCAGAGCGGGAGGGACUGGCAGCAUCUCGCUUCCAGCCAAAACCCAUGAAGGAGUUGAGGAGGGAAGGAAAGGCGGUGGUUUGGGGGUCACGAGGCGGAAACACAGUCUGUCUCUGCAAACCAGACCUUUUCCAGCGCCAGUUCAGUCUUUUCCCACGGAAGGGGGCAGCAGGGUGAGGGGUUUGGUGGAAACAACCUCUCCCCCAUGAUCACUCGCCGUGGCAGCUGGAGGAAAGCCCCCUGGCUGGGUAGCAUGGGUCCAGCCAGACCCGCCAAAAUGCUGUUUCCAGUCCUUCCCGCCAACCGGUAUUUUGUUUUGCUCUUCCUUGCCUCUCCUUAAUGCUAAUCUUUGUGUUUAUUUAUUGGAGAAACUACUUUCAGUGGCAGACUGUAGCUCUAUCUUGCAUGGAUUUUUUUUUUUUGUCUGUAUUAUUAUUAUAUUUUUUUUAAGUGCCGGUUUCAGCAGGGGCAAGGAUAAAGGAGCAGAUCUGCUGAGCAGAGCGUUCGAAGGACCCUUGCUGCCAGGAAUGCUGAAAUAGGUUGGCCAGGCUACCAACGCACACGGGCUGGGGAUGGGGGAGAUGCCAGGAGGGACAGCAGGGUGGGGAGAAACCAGUCAAGAUCUGGAAAUUCACAUUGACACUAUCUCUCUUGGGGGUUUGCUGGGGUUUUUUUGGUACCCGUUUAACAAAAAAAUAACCAGAUCCUCCUUCCACCCUUGUCCCCAGACCCCAAACACACACACACACACGCACACACAUGUGCACACACACACACACACGCAAAAAGAGAGUUAAUCAACUGAAAGUGUUUCCUUCAUUUCUGAUCUAGAAUUUCAACUUGUUAACAAGCAAUAAAAAGGAGCAAGUUUUUAGAGACUUAUCUUACAAGAUGUAUUUUAUAAAAAUUAAAGGAAAUAAAUUAAAAUUAAGAACAUUCUGAACAAGA